GAGCCCUGUUGAUUCUUAGAACUGGGGGUUCUUAGAAGUGGUGAUGCAAAGAUUUUCUAGGAAAGCCCUACCAGCAUUCAAAUAGGAAUUUGGAUUGUGAAUUGAGAUUUUGGAAAAGGGCACACUAUGGCAUCCCCAACUGACAGUUGCAUCCAGUUCACGCGACAUGCAAGUGAUGUCCUUCUGAACUUAAACCGCCUUCGAAGUAGGGACAUCCUGACUGAUGUUAUCAUAGUGGUGAACAGAGAACAUUUUCGUGCUCACAAAACUGUCCUCAUGGCCUGCAGUGGCCUGUUCUACACAAUCUUCACUGACCAGAUGAAGUGCAACAUGAACAUCAUUAAUUUAGAUCCAGAAGUUAGUGCAGAAGGCUUCCGAGUACUCCUUGAUUUCAUGUAUACAUCACGGCUUAGCUUGAGGGAAAGUAGCAUUAUGGCCGUUAUGGGCACCGCCCUUUACUUGCAAAUGGAACAUGUUGUGGACACAUGUCAGAGGUUCCUCAAGUCAAGCACUGAAGAAAUUGUGAACACAGUGAAAAUACCUAGAGGAGAAGACUAUCUUCCUGGCAGAACAAUGCUGCCACAAGAUGUCAUGACCUACAGAAACUGUGAGAUGUCUGAAAAUACUGUACCUCUUCGAAAUGCAGCCAUUUGUGAUGGGAGGCCCUACAUCCCAAGCCUGUACAAUGGUCCUACAUCAUCUUAUCCCAUAUACAGUCACAUCCCUGUGCAUGGUUUCCUAUUUCCAGAGGAUGAUGUAAGAGAUGUGCAGAUGGCAGAGAUGCAAAGAUCAAGUCGAUAUUCUAAGGAAAGUUUGUUGCCUGGAGAAAAUUCAAGAACUGUAUUGGGGGACUAUAGAACAGCAGCUACAGACUUGUCGGUCAACAUGUGCCAGACAAAUAUCUACUCUCCAAAGGAGGCAUCAUUGGAAGAGCCCAGACAUGACUCUUAUUACAAUGUGGCAGGGUCCCGAUCUGCUGGUCCAUCUGUAAGAAAUAGUCCCUUUUACACCUGUGAAAAAGGGAAGGAAGAAGAGAGGACAACAUCCUCAGAGGAUGAAAUAAGUCAGCACUUUAAACCAACAAACUCUCCAGUCAAUCGCAAGGGUCUUGUUAGCCCACAAAGUCCUCAGAAAUCAGACUGUCAACCCAACUCUCCCACUGAGUCCAGCAGCAGUAAAAAUGCUCGUAUUUCACAGGAAUCUGGUUCUCCUGUCUCCAAAGUCUCUGGUGAUCCAAAGGCUUGCAACUGGAAAAAGUAUAAGUUACUCAACUCUCUCAAUCAGAGAGAGAAGGAAGGUUGUGCCGACCAGAAUGAAAUGGGUAACCUCUCUCCACAGUCCUGUACAUCUCAAUCUUCAUGUCAACAGCUGGUCAAGUCAGAAAACAUGGAUAUUCAGGCUACAGUUAAGAUGAAUGGUGGCACUGAUGCAUCAUCAAUACCACAAGCCAGCAAGCUGAACAAUAUUGUAAAUAGGACUUUGGAAAGUUCCCCACAGAGCAGUGAAGGGCAUUCACCUCUCUACAUUCACACACCCAAAUUUGGAUUGUUCUCCUCACAAUCACCACCUGAAAUGUGUCCUCACACCCCUGGCUCCAAUUUUGGUGAAGAGAUGGCUGAAACGCAAUCUGAGUACUCAGACUCCAGCUGUGAAAACGGUACUUUCUUCUGCAAUGAAUGCGACUCUCGUUUCUCGGAGGAAGGUUCCCUGAAGAGGCACACACUCCAGAUGCACAGUGACAAGCCGUACAAAUGUGACCGCUGCCAAGCUUCAUUCCGCUACAAGGGCAAUCUUGCCAGCCAUAAAACUGUUCACACAGGUGAAAAACCAUAUCGCUGCAGUAUCUGUGGUGCACAGUUCAACAGGCCUGCUAACCUGAAAACCCAUACCAGAAUUCACUCUGGAGAAAAGCCGUACAAGUGUGAAACCUGUGGAGCGAGGUUUGUCCAGGUUGCCCAUCUCCGUGCACAUGUACUUAUACACACUGGAGAGAAACCAUACCCUUGCGAAAUCUGCGGAACUAGAUUCCGACACCUGCAAACAUUAAAAAGUCACCUCCGUAUCCACACUGGGGAGAAACCCUAUCACUGCGAGAAAUGCAACCUUCAUUUCCGCCACAAAAGCCAACUAAGACUUCACCUUCGUCAAAAACAUGGAGCAAUCACCAAUACAAAAGUCCAGUAUCGUGUGUCCCCAGCAGAGUUGCCCCCUGAGCUCCCCAAAUCUUGCUGAACCUCUGUUCUAACCCACCAAAUGUGGAGUGCCUCUUUUUUGACCUGUUAGUGCAGAUGGGUGAAAUGAAACGGGUUUAGCUUUUUUGUUUUUUUGUCCUGGUCAUGUGAAAUGUGCACCCUUCAUUGUAAAUUUUUUUAUUUUUUUUUGUCCGUGUGUUGGAGUGACCAUGCGCUUUCGAUUACUUCAGCAUUGUAAUUUCCAGCCAGGAGCGAAUUUGUGAUGUGGAAAGGAUGGUUGGAGGACAAAGAGUGUUACACCCUGCUUCUCCAUUGAGGAAGCAAUGCACUGAUGAUUCCGCGCAAAGCGGGAAAACGAAAGCAUCUGGGAACACCAGCCACCCUAUUGGUCAAAAGACAGAAUACUAGAAAGGCUGGCAAGGACUCAAAGAGCUGACCAGCAAAUCCGUUCCAACUUUGACAUUUGCCAAGAUGCCCUGCGGAGUGCAGCUUUCUGCUUUAAGCUUGACUUACUUUAUUGGGGGUAAAAUUAUUUUACAUUUGUACCUCUCAGUAAAGGGGUUGGCGUUUUUGUAUCCAGUAAUGAUUUGAUAAUAACUGGGGAGAGAAAAAACAAAAAGCCAAAUAGUAAAUGGAAAUUAUAAGAUGGGGAGGGGUUGGUUCUUCAUGGACCCUAAAAAAAAGUAUCCAGGCUACAACCCUUGAUUGGGAUAUCAGCAGUCUCUGGAGGGACUCUUUAAAAAAAAAGAAGCACUUAUACUAAUCACUUACACUCAUUAUAGCUAAACCAUUUGCAGAGCCAGCCUCUCUAAUAGAGAGGCCAGUGUUGCUGCUGCCUGGUGUGGCAUAUGAGGUGGUGAUUAUAAUUUAGCACCUUUUUUUUUUCUCUUUCGAAAUAAAGAAGCACUAGUCUUCGUCAAAAGGAAUAUCUAAGGCACAGCCAGGAAGUGUAUUUCUUUUUACAGGGAUAGUGUCAAAAGGUUUGCUCGAAUGUUUAAUGUACUGAGAUGGAAAAUGCAGGGGUAUGGUUGAGUCUGUUGACCUCUUAGAUGCCGAAGACCUUGAAAUACUCGAAGAUUGUCCAGGCAGAAAAGGAGUUAAUUAAUGAGUAUGAUCUACUUCUCAAUUCUGCCCCUGCUUAACUCUGCACAUGCCCAGCCUAAUUCCCCAUGUUUGUAAAGCAAUAAGGCGUCCUGGGGUCAUGUUGUGAUUGGUAGCAUUACCAUGUAGUCUAGGCUGGUUUGACUCCAGAGGUGCCUUGCUGCCCCAGUUGCAAUAUUGUACCAGCACUAAGAGGCACCGAAAUCUAAUAUUUUUCUAGCCUCUGGCUUUCUUGCACCCCCAGAAAAGAUAUAUAUAUAUAUAAAUAUAUAUAUAUAUAGAUAUAUAUUAAAAGUAUUUAAUUUUAUGGUAUGCAAAAUGUGCACUCGAUUUAAAGAAAACCUGAACAAAGAAUUCUUAUGUAUGCUUUUUAAGAGAGGGCUUUAACUUUUGUUAUAGUUUUAACCAAAGGAAAAGGAAUUUAUGGCAGAGUUGUAAAUAUCUAUAUAAAUAUACCUAUAUUAUGAAGAGUAAAAACAGAAUUAGAAAAAUUAAAUGAAUGCUAUAAAAACUGAAAUGCAGCAAACGUUUAGAUUGUAUCUGCAGGCAGAAACCAAUCUGAGAUUUGUUCAUGUGAUAGAGCACUUAAAAAUAUUUUAAAAGUAUUGCACCAGUGUACGUGAGAAGAUAUUUUGUCUAAACGCAACAGUCUUUAAUAUUUGUUUUUUGUUUUUUCUCUUUUUUUUUUUCUUUAAUUAUAUUAUUUUUCUUUCCUGGAAGUGAAGGUUUACAGUUUGUUUAACACUCAGACACCCUGUCGAAGGAAUAUGUGACUUCUCCUGUUUUAAAUUGUACGUCUGUAAAUAUGUAUAUUUUGUCUUUGGUGCCUUUUAACCCGAUCGGUGCCAGGGAGGCUGGCAGCUUCUUUGUUUUGACAUUCUCACUGGCAGCGAAGGGGUUAAUGAAUGUUUUGAACCCUAUUGCUUUUUUAAAGGUACAACCUACAGCUAGUCACUAAUCUUUGGGAAAGGUCAAUUUUUUUUUUCUUUUUGUUGUUGUUGAUUUCUAUGAUGCUUUUUGUCCUGCUUGUGUUUUAAUAAUGUACUGCCGGGAGACAGGGUUUGGGCUGUUUCUAAAACUGCAUCAUUGCAAUGUAAACUAUAGCUGUACAAGUAGAAAAAAAUAAAAUCGUCAACAAGCAGAAA